CGCCUACAACCCGAUAAUACAAACCCUUCCAUUCAUUGAUCCUUCAACAGCAAGCAUCAAUCACGAUGCCAGGCAUCUCCUCCUUCCUUUCCCGCUCCAUCAACACCCACCAAAUCUACGGCGCAAACACAAACGUCGGAAAGACAAUCAUCUCAACCAUCCUCACCCGCGCAGCCGCACUCAACUACCCGCAAGAACAGACAUGGUACCUCAAACCCAUCUCGACCGGUGAAGCAAAAGAUGCAGAUGAUAGCCAUGUGAAGAGAUAUACCGGGGAUCUACCAAACGUGACCCCGAAAUGUUUGUGGCAGUACUCGGACCCGGUAAGUCCGCAUCUCGUCGCGGGGCCGACACCGCCGUCCGACCACUCGGUUCUAUCGCAAGUCUCGAACUAUCUCAACAUGGCCGCCUCCUCCGGACCCGGCUCAUUCUUCCUCGAAACCGCGGGUGGGAUUCACUCACCCACCCUCAACCGCGUCCCACAAGCCGAUUUUUACCGUCCCCUCCGUCUUCCCACCAUACUCGUCGCGGACCCCCACCUCGGCGGUAUCUCCACCUCCAUCGCUGCCCACGAAGGUCUCCAUAUCCGCGGGUACGAUACAGAUGCCGUAUUCGUCUUCCGAGACAACUACUACCGUAACCACGAAUACCUCCAAUCCCACUUCGCUUCCCUCUCGAAACCGAUCCCGACAAUCGUUUUGCCCGGACCGCCACCACGUCAGGAAGAUUCAGCGGAAGAUCAAAAAGCGUUGGCAGCGUAUUAUGAGGUUGUUUCAGGGAGCAAGUUGAUUAAGCGGACGUUGGAGAUGUUGAAGGAGACGCAUGAGAUGAGGCGUGAGGCGCUCGAGACGUUGGCACAGCGUGCUCAGGAUAGGAUUUGGUGGCCGUUUGCGCAGCAUUCUGAGUUGCUUGAUCCGGGGAAGAUUACCACCAUCGACUCUGCCCACGGUGACUUCUUCUCCACCCUCUCUCCUUCCGCUUCCGCUCCUUCCGCCAACUUGUUGCAACAAACCCACGACGCGUCAGCAUCAUGGUGGACACAAGGCCUCGGUCACGCAAACCCCCAAUUAACACUCGCCGCAGCCCACGCCGCAGGCCGCUACGGACACGUCAUGUUCGCAAACGCCAUCCACGAACCCGCUCUCCGCCUCGCCGACUCCCUCCUUCAAACCCUCCGCAACCCCCGCUUUCAACGCGUCUUUUACAGCGAUAACGGGAGUACGGGCGUCGAAGUCGCUCUCAAGAUGGGUAUGAGGGCAGCGAGGGUGAGGUAUGCGUGGACGGAUAAGAAGGAUGUCGAGGUCUUGGGUAUGGAUGGGAAUUACCACGGUGAUACGAUGGGCGCGAUGGAUUGUUCCGAGUCGAAUAUCUUUAAUGAGAGUGUUGAGUGGCACAAGGGACGUGGAUACUGGUUCAAACCACCGACGGUAAUAUUGAGGAAGGGUGUGUGGGAGGUGCGACAGCCGAGUGGAGAGGUGGAGACGUUUGAGGGGUUGGAGGGGGUAAUGGAUGUGGAGAAGCGGGUUGGGGGGAAGAUGUAUGAGAUGUAUUGUAGGCGGGUUAAGGGGGAGUUGGAGAAAGUGAUCAUUGGGGAUGGAAGGAGAUUUGGCGCGAUGAUUGUUGAGCCGAUUAUUUUGGGUGCGGGGGGGAUGGUGUUUGUUGAUCCGCUUUACCAACGCGCACUGGUCGAUACCGUUCGCUCAUCGACGAAUCUCUUCUCUAUCGGAUCUCCCAAAUCCGCCGGUGACUUUACCCCGACAGGCGAUUCGAACGCAUGGACAGGCCUCCCCAUUAUCUUCGACGAAGUCUUCACGGGUCUCUACCGCCUCGGCCAGCCUACCCCUUCCUCCUUCCUCGGCUCCAAUACUCACCCCGAUAUCGGCAUCUACGCCAAACUCCUAACCGGCGGUCUCCUCCCUCUCUCCGCCACCUGCGCAUCAAAAAGUAUCUUCGAGGCCUUCCUGAGCGGGAAGAAGGAGGAUGCGUUGUUGCACGGCCACAGUUACACGGCACAUGCGGUCGGUUGCGAGGUCGCUUGUACGAGUUUGGAGGUAAUGAACAGUGGGGAUGAGGAGGGUGUCUGGAAUGCGCACAAAGAGGAUUGGAACACGCACACCACCACAGCCACAACCACUCAGAACGCUGCUGCACCAUGGAGCGUGUGGUCCAAAUCCUGGGUGUACGACAUCUCUUCGCACCCCAACGUCGACGGCGUCAUCGCACUCGGCUCCGUUCUCGCGAUUACACUGAAGACUUCGGAAGCCGGUUACGCGUCGAGUGCGGCACAAACCAUGUUGGCGAGGAUGAGGGAGGAGAGGUGGGAAGAGUUGGAGGGUGGGAAUGUUAUGGCGAGGCCGUUGGGGAAUGUUGUGUAUUUCAUGGCGGGGCAGAAGACGCCGGUGGAUGUGUUGAGGGGGGUUCAGGGGGUUAUUGCGAAGGUGCUGUAAGCGAAAACGAGUGAGACAUAUAGAGAAGAGGAAAAUCCAGGAGAUACAUUGUUCAUCAGCUUCACGCGCUGAGUGCGCAGUGCUCACGAAGUCUGGGCACGAAACCGUGUGAAAAUAAUUAUAUGGUGGAUUACCUCAGCUCAAGGAUCAUAGUCAUAAAUCUACUCAGACCCCUUGUGCUCUUUCAUCGCCU